CCACGAUCUACGUAUCUCUGCUUAUCUGCAGCACUAACAGAGCCCUGCAAGAAAAUCGAAAAGCUUCGAAAAAAGUUCUGGACAUCAACAGACAAGCAGCUUUUGUGCCAGGUACAAGUAAGCCCUGCCAGUUGUGGUUAACUUUUACCUGCGAACGCAGUCUUAUUCCAGUCUCACUCCUGUAUCUGCAGAAUGUAAAGAUGGUCAAAUCAUACCUGAAAUAUGAGCAUACCAGAACCUUCGGGCUUGUCAACUCGAGUACAUCAAACAUUGUCUGGUCCGAGUCAUCGCGGAGUACUGGAAUAGCAAUCGCUGCUGCGAAUGAGGAGGUUCUGUGCUGGGACAUCAAGAAGGGCGAGCUAUUAAGUAGAUGGGCGGACAAGGACUGCAGGUCGCAAGUCACUGCCAUUGCUCAAAGCCAGGUUGACAAGGAUAUCUUUGCUGUGGGACAUGAGAAUGGCAGUAUAAGACUCUGGGAUUCGAAAAUUGCCGCACUUAUAGUCAGCUUCAAUGGGCACCGAUCAGCAAUCACACGUCUGGCAUUCGACAAGUCCGGAACGAGGCUAGCAAGUGGCUCCAAGGAUACAGAUGUGGUACUAUGGGACUUGGUAGCGGAGGUAGGACUUUUUAAAUUGAGAGGCCAUAAGGAUCAGAUUACAGGACUUCAAUUUCUCCAUCCCGAAGCACGAGAGGCUGUUGAUGAGAAUGGAGAAUUAGCUGUAACUGGUCUCGGAGAGUUGGAAGGCUUCCUCCUGACCACUGGAAAAGAUGCUCUCAUAAAGCUCUGGGAUAUUACCUCUCGCCAUUGCAUCGAGACGCAUACGGCGCAGUCAAAUGGAGAAUGUUGGGCCUUGGGGGUAUCUCCAGACGGGGCAGGAUGUAUCACUGCUGGCAAUGAUGGGGAACUGACUGUUUGGUCCAUCGAUACUCAUGGCCUGUCUGAACUUUCAAGAGGCACCAACGAAGUUGCAGACAAACAUUUUCUGAAGAGCAGAGGCGUGCUUCAUGGCCAGGGCAAAGACAAGGCGCUAGAAGUCAGCUUCCACCCUAGACAUGACUAUUUUGCUGUACACGGGCCAGAAAGGGCUGUGGAGGUGUGGAGGAUGCGAUCAGAGGACGAAGUUAAGAAAGUUCUGACACGGAAGCGAAAGAGAAGGCGUGAAAAGCUGGCCUCGAUGGGAGACAAGCCGGACAUGGACGAGACCACGGACGAGAUUAGGGAUAUCUCAAGUGCUGAAAUCACGGACAUAUUCGUUUCAUACGUUGUUGUCAGAACCGGAGGUAAAGUACGAUCCAUCGACUGGAUCAAAACGAAGGGUUCAAAACCUGUGCAGUUUUUGGCAGCAACAACAAAUAAUCAGCUGGAAGUCUACUCAAUUCCCAUGAAAGAGAAAAUCAAGAAGUCGAAGACCGAUGAGAUGCCAGACUAUACCAGGUCAUUGGCAGUGGAACUACCAGGCCACCGAGCAGAUAUCCGAUCCUUGUCCCUCAGCUCGGAUGACAGAAUGCUUGCAUCCGCCUCCAAUGGCGGCCUGAAGAUAUGGAACGUACGUACAAGGACAUGUAUCCGGACUUUCGAGUGUGGCUAUGCUCUAUGUUGUGCUUUUUUGCCAGGAGAUAAGAUUGUGGUUAUCGGCACCAAGUCUGGGGAGUUGGAAUUAUUUGAUAUUGCAUCUGCCUCCAAGCUCGACAAGGUAGACGCACAUGAAGGCGCUGUAUGGUCAUUACAUGUACAUCCAGAUGGCAGAUCACUUGUUUCUGGAAGCGCGGACAAGACAGCAAAAUUCUGGAGUUUUGAAGUUAUCCAAGAGGAAAUCCCUGGGACGAAACGGACAACGCCUCGGCUCAAGCUUUCCCACACACGAACACUAAAAGUCUCCGAUGAUAUCCUCAGCAUACGUUUCUCCCCAGAUGCUCGGCUGCUUGCAGUCGCUCUAUUAGAUAACACCGUUAAGGUCUUCUUCGUGGACUCUUUGAAGCUGUUCUUGAACCUAUAUGGUCACAAGCUACCAGUUCUUAGCAUGGAUAUCUCCUUCGAUAGCAAACUCAUUGUUACAUGUUCUGCCGAUAAGAAUGUUCGACUAUGGGGACUCGAGUUUGGAGAUUGCCACAAGGCAUUCUUUGCCCAUCAAGACAGUAUUCUCCAAGUUGCCUUCGUGCCACAUAACCAGGAUGGCAACGGACACCACUUUUUCAGCAGUAGCAAGGAUAAGAUGAUCAGGUAUUGGGAUGGUGACAAGUUUGAGCAGAUUCAGAGGCUUGAUGGUCACCACGGCGAGAUAUGGGCACUGGCUGUUAGCAAAACUGGGAACUUCCUUGUUAGCGCAAGUCAUGACAAAAGUAUUCGAGUUUGGGAACAGACUGAUGAGCAAAUAUUCUUGGAGGAGGAGAAGGAGAAGGAGCUGGAAGAGCUCUACGAGAACACCCUCUUGACAUCACUUGAGCCAGAAAAAGACAACGAAGACGAUGCGGAGUUUGGAGACGUGGAGAAACAAACAAGUGAAACUCUCACGGCAGGUGAGAAGAUCGCUGAAGCCUUAGAACUUGGAAUGGUCGAUCUGGCUGUGAUCAAGGAAUGGGAAGAAGCCAAAAUCUUACAACCCAGCAUUGCGCCGCCGUCCCGAAAUAUUCUGUAUACUGCACUUGGAGGAAUUAGCGCCGAACAGCAUGUACUGCAAGUCCUACAGAGCAUCAAAGCAGCAGCUCUCCACGAUGCAUUGCUGGUAUUACCAUUUUCCAAACUGCCCAGUCUGUUUACCUUCAUCCACAUUUUCUCCACGAGGUCGAUGAACAUACACUUGACCUGCCGCAUACACCUAUUCAUGCUGAGGACGCAUCAUCGACAGAUAGUUGCGAGCAAGACAAUGCGGCCGGUUUUGGAGGAGAUCAGGGUGAAUUUACGACGGGCAUUAAAGAGGCAGAAGGAUGAAAUGGGAUUCAACCUUGCUGCUUUGCGAGUGAUUGGAUCUCAGAUGGAGCAAAAGGGAGUUAAGAGUUAUGUUGAUGAAGAUACCUGGGAAAACGAGACAGAGGGAAAGAAAAAGCGUGGGUUUGUACAAAUAGCAUAGACAGUCAGAACUGGAGCAUCUUAGGAAGUCGGGCGAGUCAAUGAGAUUGUAUCUAUUCAUAAUGACCGGAGUUGGAGUUGCUUCCAAGCAUCUACCUUUAGUGGUGAUUUAUUACUGAUUGGGUG